AUGGACAGUUUAAAGAACUAUGGCAGUGAAUCCGAAGAGGAGACAGCAGAAGACACAAUACUGGAUUCAUCGGAAAAAUUUGAUACACUAACCUUGAACUUCUUGGGCUUGGAGAAACCAAGACAAACAAAAUCAAAUGUCUUCAAAAUUUCACAGACUUUAGGGGCCCAACCAGAAAUUAGGAAGGUGCAGACAAACUGGGGUGAGGUAGACAUUCCAGAUGGUGACUUUUGGACAGACUUUGAACCAGACAGCACUAACAUAAACCCAACACAUACAAUUAAUAACUCUGGUUGUCACACAACUGUUAUUUCCAAAAGUUGUGUGAUAGCAACAAAUUCACAAUCAUUGCACACCUCUAAUUCACCGUGGACUCAGAAUAUUUUGCAGUACCCAAAUUCAUACCAGUCCCAGAAUGCAUUACAGCUACAUUCAUUAAAAAGAGACAUUUAUUGCAGUAAUAGUUCUGACGAAAGAGAAGUUGGUUUCAGUCGUAAUAAACGUGCACGACUUUCUGACCAGAGAUCAAGGUUUUCUCAUGACUGUCCACAUCCUUUAGGUGACCACACCCCAGAGAGACAAGGACUUUCAUUCUCGUCCAAAGACCAUCACAGCCACCAGAAUCUGCGUGAAGAGCUUCGUGAUAACUCCUUGCAAAGCCAGCCUGAACCUAAGGAGAAGAGGAAAUUGUUUUACAUACAUAGUAAAGUGGCUCCAUAUGUGAAUUUAACACCGACAAACAAGUGUGCAAACAGGCGUCUCAGCUCCUGGACAGCUCAUGAUGGGGUUAUUAAUAGACUGGCCUGGAACAUUCCAAGUUUCAGCCAUCUGCUGGUUACUGCAGGGAUGGAUACUUCUGUGAAGGUGUGGAAUGUGUGGUCCAGUCUUGACCCCUGCGUGGCCAGACUGUCGAGUCACAAGAAGGCAGUGAAGCAUGUGGAAUGGUGUCACACAGGGAGGAAAGUCCUGUCCUGCAGCUGUGACAGGACAGCACAGGUCACUGACAUCGAGACAGCCAAGAUUUUAGGGACGUAUGAACACAUGGGUUUUGUCACGGCGGGUCAGAUUCAUCCAUCCAACCCAAACCUGUUUGUGACCGGGACAGAUAACUUGGUUGUCAAGUGGGACAUGAGGACUCCCCAAGCUCCGGUGAAACAUUUCUCUUACAAGGACAAAUUUGGACAGGUUCAGGACCUUCUGUUCAUCAACAACGGUCAAGAAUUCGUCUCCUGUUCUGACCUAGUUUCACGGGACUGCGCCGACAGAACUGUCAUGGUUUGGGAUCUGAGAAUGGGGACUGUACUCUCCAAUCAGAUCUAUCAGGAGCUGUACGUAUGCACAAGAUUGAAGACUAACCCCAACAGCUCACAAUUCCUGGCUCAGUCUCAUGCUGGCUAUGUGGCUUUGUUCUCCACCACCCCACCGUACAAAAUGGACAAGUCCAAACGAUACGAGGGUCACAAGAUUGAAGGACACUGCAUAGGAUUUGACAUUAGUCCGGAUGGAACUCUGGUCUAUAGUGGCAGCGCUGGGAAUGAUGUGCACUGCUAUCACCAGAACAGUGGCAAGUUGUUGCGGAAGUUGUCCUGCAAAAAUGACAUUGUCACAGAUGUUGCUUGUCACCCGGUUCUUCCAUCAUGCCUGGCUUCUUGUACGUGGGGUGGGUCUGUCAGUUUGUGGAUGUGA